AUGGACGAGUCAACUCUAUCUCCUGUUCUUAUUGUAAGGGUUCCCAUAAUUCUAACAGAAAUUGCAACUCUAAAAACACGUGCUUUAAGUGCAAGGGAACACAUCAUAUCUCCCUCAGCAUCACAUGCUAACGGUGGAGGAGAGCGAAACAAAAAUAACAACGAUGGACAGGUUACGUUCAAACUAUCCUUGAAAUUUUGGCAAGUCGAGGACAUAAAUGAAGUAGAUACUACGUUUAACAUAGGUAAAUUCAGCGAAAAAAUUGAUUUCGAUGGAGAAAGAUAUUCCGUCCCAUUACCAUGGAAACAAGAUCAUAAACAGAUACCGGACAAUUUCCAAAACAGCCGAAAUCGGUUAACAUCAGUCUUCCGCCAACUUAAGGCUAAGCCCGAACUUCUGCAACAAUACGACGACAUCAUUAAACAGCUAAAACGUGACGGUAUCAUCGAGCAGGUGACAGAGCCGCCACCGCCGCCAGUUCAAGUCCAUUACUUGCCCCAUCAUUACGUCUUAAAGGAAGAUAAGUCCACAACCAAGAUACGCAUUGUUUACGAUGCUUCUUCAAAUUCUCCGUCACUCAACGAUUGCUUGGAAAAGGGUCCUUCUCUCGGAAUGAACGCUUCACAGUUCCUUUUAGCUGCAUCAAUUAUAAAGCACUUGGAGAAAUACCAAAGUGCCGACCCUGACUUUGUGCUAGCUUUCUUAGAAAACCUUUAUGUCGACGACAGCAUUGGCGAAGGAGAUACCAGCGAUCAGGUGUUCACAUUUUACCAAAAGGCAAAAGCACGGCUUAAGAAAGCUGGUUUAAUCUUACGAAAAUUGCGUUCUAACAGUUCAACUCUCCAAGCGCAAAUCUCCAAAUUCGAAAUCGAGGACCCAGCUCCUCCCGAUGAAAAAAUCUUGGGCAUCACAUGGGAUACGGCCAAUGACGAAAUGGAAAUAGACCUGUCAAGAAAAAAACAGGAAUUCUUUCAGAAGUUAUGCACAACCGUAAACGAUUGGGACACUGAGGUUAGUGAGGAAUUAAAGGACGAAUGGAAUUCGUUAAUAGAGUUAUUUUCAAUCUCGUUGAAAUAUCGAUUGCAACGUUAUUACUUCGCUAACUAUCCUUUAAGUGAUUUGAAAGACAUCACCCUGCAUGGGUUUUGUGAUGCAAGUAAAAGAUCAUACGCUGCUGUUGUCUACAUUAUUGGAACGUUAUCAAGCGGACGCUCUGUUGGACGCAUUGUGUGUAGUAAAACAAAAGUAUCCCCUCUCAAUGAACUGCCUAUCCCUAGACUGGAGCUUCUCUCAUGCUUACUUCUUUCUUCCUUAAUUGCGUGCAUUAGUCAGUCGUUAGGUAGCGCCGUUCCAGUAGCUUUGAAAUUUUGUUGGAGUGACUCAAUUGAUGCCCUAUGUUGGGGAUUUAACGAAGAUCAACUACAAUGGCCGGAAGAACCAAAUAAUAAUAAAAUAAAAAUUACAAGUGUUAAUCCCGGGACCGUUGAUCCUGGGCAGUCAGUCAAGGAUCAACGGCCCAACAGUGUUCCUAAUAAAUUUUCUACCCUGCAUUCUGUACUCUCCCACCAAAACUUAGACACUGUAAAAAAUGUUUGUUCUACAAAGCCUGUUCUAUCUGAUGAAUGUCCUCUUAUUUGCAAACGGACCGUGGACCUUGAGGAUCAUCUUCAAGAUCAACGGCCCAGCCUUAGACAACGGACUGAGGACGUUGGGGUUCGACCCCAAGGUCAACAAUCCUAUUUUUCAGGUAGCAUAACGAAUUCAAGAACUCUACCUAUCGAGGAGCUGGUCAACUCCACAUCUGUAAACCUACGACGAAUAUUUGACGUCAAACGAUUCAGCUCAAUGCACAAACUUUUGCGCGUUACAGCUUACGUGAUUAAAUUUAUUGAUUGUCUAAAAUCUCCAAUUAAUGGUAACGUAUCGAAACAAACCUUGUUGUCAACUGAAGAUCUCGAACAUGCAGAACUUUUGUGGGUUAAAACAUGUCAAAAGGACUUAACAAGCCGUUUAAAUCAGUUAAAUAAUACUCUUGGGCUUUUUAUUGACAAAGAUGACAUCAUCCGCUGCAAAGGACGGCUCCUGCAUGCCAACUUGCCGUACGACUCUAAAUAUCCCAUCUUGUUACCUGGUGACUCGUACCUAUCAACGUUAAUUAUACGAAGAGUCCACCAACAAACUUUUCAUGCAUGUGUGAAACACACGCUUUCGCUGGGGCGGAUUUUGGGAACGUUUGGUUCAAUCUGUUAA